AACCAGGACUAAACCAGGACUAAACCAGAACUAAACCAGGACUAAACCAGGACUAAAACAGGACUAAACCAGAACUAAACCAGGACUAAACCAGGACUAAACCAGGACUAAACCAGGACUAAACCAGAACUAAACCAGGGCUAAACCAAAACUAAACCAGGGCUAAACCCGGACUGUUGUUGAUGGAGACUCUGCGCAGGGUCUUGGUGUUUGUGGCCAAAGAUCUUCAAAGGUCGAGUCCUCAGAAAGUCCAGUUCCUGCAGACUGUGGUCGGACUCUUGGACGGAGCCGAUGACGAACUGAAGGUGAAAUUUAAACUGGAACAAAACCGGUUCAUCCUGAGUCCGGACUCCAGCCCCCGAGGAGUCCCACUGAGGAGACCGUCCUUCUGUCCGAUCAAGCACCUGUCCGUCACAGAAGCUGCUGCGAUCCCAUUGGACGUCAGACAGAGGGGAGUGGACGUGGGCGUGGCCAUCCUCCUGCAGACGUCCAAUCAGAGGCUUCUCCUGACGCGGCGAGCGAAACACCUCAGAAUCUUCCCCAACGUCUGGGUCCCCCCAGGUGGACAUAUUGAACCAAACGAGACGGUGCUGGAGGCUGGACUCCGGGAGCUGAAGGAGGAGACUGGACUCUGUCUGGACCAAGACCAGGUUCAGACUCGGGUCUUGGGACUUUGGGAGUCCGUGUUUCCUGCCGUCCUGAGCAGAGGUUUUCCUCAGAGGCAUCACAUCGUCGUCUACGUCCUCCUCAAGACCCUCAGAGACCAUCAGGACCUGCAGUUGGACCUGAGUCCGUCGGCGUUGGAGGUGAGCACCUGUCUGUGGGCGGAGCCUCGUCUGAUCCGAGCAGCUCUGACCAACGAGGACUACGGCCAAGACUCAGUCAGGGCCUCUGAAGUUUCUUCAGACGGGUCUUUGAGUGAAGUCUCGAUCCCGGUCUCGGUCUUCAGGGCCUCGGCUCCGGAUCACGGCCCGGAUCUGGAGCGGAUCAGCACCGGGACCAAGUACGCCCUGAGUCUGUGGCUCCAGGACCUGGACCAGGACCGGACUUGAACCUGGACCAGACUGGAGCAAACCUGGACCUGGUGCAGCUCAGCGCAGCGAUGAAUUUAAAAUAAACCGAGAAA